GCGGCGGGGUCAAGCGGUAACCGUUGGUUGGGGGAAUUCUCUCUCCUGCCAUGGGAGUGAAAAAUAUAGGAUAGGGUCAGUGAAGUGUUUUCCCUAUAUUUUGGAUCAAGGUGUUUUCCGCGUUGACUUUAAAAAAGUAGAGGGAUAGGGAAUCUGCUAGAGUGCAAUUUUUACAGAUUUGUCAGUUUUUAGGGAUAAAAAUUCUACUAGAGAUGCUCUUAUAAUGUGUUACGCCCCUGGCUACCACCUGGGAUCUAGACUGUCCCCACGGACCAACACUAGUUUUUCCUGCACACUUUGUGCUCACUCGUGCGCACCCGGAAUUAACUUCCCGGGCAGUCACCCAUUCUCAAAGUGCUCAAAGCCAAGCACGCGUAACUUUGAGAUCCUUGAGAAUGGGUUCCCAGAAAAGAAUUCCUUGUUGAUAAUGUUAUGUUUUGAUAAAUUGGGUUGGUUGGGCAAAUUUAGAAUAGCUAUGCAAAUUUAAAAAAGGACUUGUCCCGAAUCUUGGACAAACACGCUUUGAAAGCUCAUGGGCCUGAAAAGUGUGACCAUUCCUUUACUGCCAUGUUACAUUUGGCACUUGCCAAUACGGAACACAAGGCUAUAUACUGCCUCUGUCCCAAAAUAAGUGACCGUGGUUUUAGUUCAAAUUUGAAGUAAAACCACGUCAUUAUUUUGGGACUGAGGGAGUACAUGAUAUGCGGUUGCUUUUACUUUCCGAUAUAGGCACCAAAGCCAUCAAUAUUCAAUACUCAGUGCAUAAUAUUGUAACCUCUAAUGCACAGGUAAAACAUGAUAUGCAGUUGCUUUUACUUUUCGAUAUAGGCACCAUAGCCAUCAAUAUUCAAUACUCACUGCAUAGUAUUGUAACCUCUAAUGCAGGUAAAACAAUGGUUGCUCGGAUUCUUGGAAAGCUCCUACAUAUGAUUGGGAUUCUCCCUACUGACAAAGUUACUGAAGUUCAGCGAACUGAUCUUGUUGGAGAAUUUGUGGGGCAUACUGGACCAAAGACGAGGCGGAAGAUAAAAGAUGCCGAGGGAGGGAUUCUGUUUGUGGAUGAAGCUUACAGGUUGAUACCAACGCAAAAAUCGGAUGAUAAGGAUUAUGGUUUGGAGGCACUGGAGGAGAUAAUGUCUGUAAUGGACAGUGGCAAAGUAGUUGUCAUAUUUGCUGGGUACUGCGAGCAAAUGAAGCGUGUCAUUGCCUCGAACGACGGUUUCUGUAGGAGGGUCACGAUGUUCUUUGAUUUUGAUGAUUUCACCACGACAGAAUUAGCGGAGAUAUUGCUUCUGAAGAUGAAUAGCCUGACUGACACAAGUUUGCUUUACGGGUUCAGGCUGCACCGGAGCUGCACCAGAGGUGCCGUUGGAGAGCUGAUUGCCAGGGAGACCACUGAGGAGUGGCUUAAACAGAUGAACGGAGGUCUGGUAGACACACUGCUUGUCAAUGCACGUGAAAACUUGGAUCUUCGUCUUGAUUUCAGUUGCAAUGACGCUGAGACCAUAAUCACAAUCACAUUGGAAGACCUGGAAGCAGGCCUAAGGCAGAUAUCAAGACAGAGACAUUUGCGGUGACCUACAAUCAGGAACAUUCUUUUCUUGACAAACCAAGUUACAGGUUCAGGAGUUUUGAUAGAAGUGACUGAUUCCGCUUCGGGUACUAUGUCUGGUGUAUCUGUUCCAAUUGGUAGGUUGCUGCCCUUCUGCAAUAGUAGCACUGGUACGCAUGUAUUUUUUUUUUUUGAAAAACACAGAUCUUUAUUCAUUUGUAAUAACAAGUACAUCGUUUAUGAGGAGAGGUACAAUUUCGCUCAAA